AAAAAAAAGAAGAAUGUUCCUAUGCUCAAGUUGUUUCCCAGGCUGGAGAUCUCCUAUUGGCAGACUUGAUCAUGGGCGGAGACUAGACGGAGGAGAUCAUUUUAAGGCUCCAGAGAGACUCAACCAGAGAGAGCAGUAACCAGACUCAGAGAUAAAAACGCUUCCAGACACCACACAGAGAACAAAGAGAGGUCUGAGUUAUGGAGACACAUCAGUGUGACACCUGUGGGAAGGAACUUUCCUCAUCCAGGAACCUCAAGCACCACAUGAUGAUCCACACCGGGGAGAAACCCUACAUCUGUGACCUCUGUGGUAAAGCCUUUAGCCAUGUUGCCAACUUAAGAGCUCACAACAGGGUCCACACUGGGGAGAGGCCUUACAGCUGUGACCUCUGUGGGAAAACUUUUAGCCGGGCUUGCCAUUUCAAAGUUCACAGCAAGAUCCACACAGGAGAGAAGCCCUACAGCUGUGACCUCUGUGGGAAAACCUUUAGCCAGGCUGGCAAUCUAAGUGUUCACAACAGGAUCCACACAGGAGAGAAGCCCUACAGCUGUAACCUCUGUGGGAAAACUUUUAGCCGGGCUUGCCAUUUCAAAGUUCACAGCAAGAUCCACACAGGAGAGAAGCCCUACAGCUGUGACCUCAUCGGGAAAACUUUUAGCCAGGCUGGUGGUGUCAAACUUCACAGCAGGAUCCACUCUGGAAAGAAGUCCUACAUCUGUGAACUCUGUGGUAAAACCUUUAGCCAGUUUGGCAGUUUAAGAGCUCACAGCAGGAUCCACACUGGAGAGAAGCCCUACAGCUGUGACCUCUGUGGUCAAACCUUUGGCCGGCUCCACUGUUUCAGAAUUCACAGCAAGAUCCACACAGGAAAGAAGCCCUACAACUGUGACAUCUGUGAUGCAACCUUUUUCUCCACUGGUGAUUUGAAGAAGCACAGCAGGACCCAUACAGGAGAGAAGCCCUACAGAUGUGACGUCUGUGGUAAAACCUUUAGCCGUACCGCUAAUCUUAGCAGUCACCGCAGGAUCCACACUGGAGAGAAGCCCUACAGCUGCCCACACUGUGACUAUUCAUGUAAAAGAAAUGACCAUCUGAAGAGUCACCUGCGUAUCCACAAUAAAAAACAAACCAAAGCAGUGAAGUCUGGGGCCAAGCUGUCCCAGCAGUCACCACCUGAGAGAACUACACAUCAGUGUGAAACCUGUGGGAAGAGCCUUUCCUCAUCCAGGAACCUCAAGCAGCACAUAAUGAUCCACACUGGAGAGAAGCCCUACAUCUGUGACCUCUGUGGUAAAUCCUUUAGCCAUGUUGCCAACUUAAGAGCUCACAACAGGGUCCACACUGGGGAGAGGCCUUACAGCUGUGACCUCUGUGGGAAAACUUUUAGCCGGGCUUGCCAUUUCAAAGAUCACAGCAAGAUCCACAAAGGAGAGAAGCCCUACAGCUGUGACCUCUGUGGGAAAACCUUUAGCCAGGCUGGCAAUCUAAGUGUUCACAACAGGAUCCACACAGGAGAGAAGCCCUACAGCUGUAACCUCUGUGGUCAAACGUUUGGAAGGCUUGACUGUUUAACAGUUCACCGCAAGAUCCAUGCUGGAAAGAAGCCCUACAUCUGUGAACUCUGUGGUAAAACCUUUAGCCAGUCUGGCAGUUUAAGAGCUCACAGCAGGAUCCACACUGGAGAGAAGCCCUACAGCUGUGACCUCUGUGGUCAAACCUUUGGCCGGCUCUACUGUUUCAGAAUUCACAGCAAGAUCCACACAGGAAAGAAGCCUUACAGCUGUGACAUCUGUGAUGCAACCUUCUUCUCCACUGGUGAUUUGAAGAAGCACAGCAGGACCCAUACAGGAGAGAAGCCCUACGGAUGUGACGUCUGUGGUAAAACCUUUAGCCGUACCGCUAAUCUUAGCAGUCACCGCAGGAUCCACACUGGAGAGAAGCCCUACAGCUGCCCACACUGUGACUAUUUAUGUAAAAGAAAUGACCAUCUGAAGAGGCACCUGCGUAUCCACAAUAAAAAACAAACCAAAGCAGUGAAGUCUGGGGCCAAGCUGUCCCAGAAGUCACCACCUGAGAGAACUUCUGUAUGACCCACAGCUGGAAGAACUACUGGCCUACACCUACUGGGACAGCACAUGGAGUAACACUAGAUCUACAGUUCAACAUGACAGCACAUGCAGUAACACCAGAUCUACAGUUCAACAUGACACCACAUGCAGUAACACCAGAUCUACAGUUCAACAUGACAACACAUGCAGUAACACCAGAUCUAUAGUCCAAUACGACAGGACACAGGAAAGAUACCCCUGUAAUGAUGGAGGGGAAGCUGUGUCAGACUGGGUAGAAAACUGGUAAACUCUGGCUAAAAAAAAUUUAAGAACACAUUAGUACCAUCAAUAUUACAUUUUGUUAAACUCUGCUGCCCUUCAGGGUUUCCUUGUUUUUUUGUAUCCAUUUGUUGGUAAAAAAUUGUUAGAAGACCUCUUGAGGGUUAUGCCAAUUGUUCUUAACACACCUUGAAACUGGAUCUGUAUUUUAAUGAAACAAUACUUAGUAGUUCUAAAGAAGACAGAUCGUUGUGUCAGUAUUUGAAAUGUUACCUUUCGCACCACUAGGCCUUGGGAAGACCUGUCUGAGGAAAUGACAUCAUAUUCAUUUGAUCUCAGUCUAAAGACGGCAGAUAAAGCAUAUCACAGCACAAGAUCAAGAACCAGAAAGGGCUUCAAGUUAAAUGAAUGAAUCAAUGAUUUUCCUGGAUUUUAUGAAAUUGAAAAAUAUAAAACCUUUUGUAAAAAUGAUUUGAAAAAUA